AUGACUUCGACGAGGAAAGUCGCCGUUAUCACGGGCACCAACAGCAACUUGGGUCUCAACACGGCUUACCGCUUGAUAGAACAAGUGGAAGACAAUGUGCGGUUGACUAUUGUGGUGACGUCUCGAACCUUGCCCAGAGCUCGAGAAGUAAUUGGACAAAUUCAAGAAUUUGUAGCGCAAGCCAAGAGAACAGGACCAGUUGACUAUGAUUACCUUUUGGUGGAUUUCACUAAUAUGGUCAGCGUCUUGGGUGCGUACUACGAUCUGCAGAAGCAGUACGAGGAAAUCCACUAUUUUUUCGUGAAUGCAGCGCAAGGUGUUUACCAAGGAAUUGACUGGAUGGGGGCUGUCAAAGAAGUUCUGAAAAACCCAAUAGAUGCAGUGACAAACCCCACAUACAAGAUGCAGCGUAUUGGUGUGAAAUCGGCCGAUGGUCUGGGACUUGUUUUUCAAGCCAAUGUUUUUGGUCCUUAUUAUCUCAUUCAAAAGCUGCUUCCUCAAUUACAAGCAGGCCGCGCGGUCAUAGUAUGGAUUUCGAGUAUUAUGUCUGAUCCAAAAUAUCUUUCUCUGGACGACAUACAGCUGCUCAAGAGUCCAGCUUCUUAUGAGGGUUCUAAACGACUUGUCGACCUGCUACAUCUGGCAACUUACAAAGACCUGAAAAAUCAUAAUAUCACACAGUUUGUGGUUCAGCCGGGCAUCUUUAUCAGUCACUCCUUUUUCCAGUACUUGAACGUUUUCAGCUACUACGGUAUGCUUUUCCUUUUCUAUCUUGCAAGAGAACUGGGAUCGCCCUGGCAUAACGUGGAUGGAUAUCGUGCUGCCAAUGCACCCGUGUACGUUGCCACAUUAGCAAACCCAAAUUCUGAACAGCAGAAUGUUAAGUACGGCUCUGCCACCCACAAAGAUGGGAAGGAAUACGUCCGCACAGCAGAAAUAGACCCCACAGGUACGCAAGACGUCUAUGGAUAUAUCAAGCAGUUGAAAGCUGAGUGGGACGAAAAACUCAAAAAUCAGAUAACCAAUUCAAGACAGGUUUAA